AGGCGCUGACGAACGCAGAGGCUGUUGGUGGGGUGAACGUCAACACAACUCACCUUCCCAGGGCGCAUCAGAUACCACGAUCGUCGUCGCCCCUAAAUCAACACAACCUUCUUCGCUGCCAAGACUGGGUCACCGCCGCCAUGGGCAAAGGCUUUAAUAACUAUAUGUGCAAGAAGUUCUUCCACCCGGCCUCUCGAGAUAACCUCAAGCGGGUGUGGAUAGCUGAGCAGAAAGCUGAUGCAGAACGCAAGAAACAGGAUGAACUGCGAAUACAAUAUGAGAAAGAACAGGAAUUGUACAAUAACAAAGCUCUUUUGGCAAAGGGAGAAAAUAAGGAAAAAUUAUCACUCAACUUCAUGUAUGAAGCUCCUGCAGGAGUCAAGAAGGAAAGGGAGAAAGAAGAUGGUGAACCAGAAUAUAAAUUUGAAUGGCAACGUAAAUUCAAUGCCCCAAGAGAGAGCUACUGCAAGGAUGAUGAUACAAUCCGUGAUCAACCAUUUGGAAUUGCUGUGCGUAAUGUUAGGUGCAUCAAGUGUAAAGCUUGGGGUCACAUUAACACUGACAAGGAAUGCCCAUUAUAUGGCCGUGUGCUGGAACCAACAGAUGGGUCUGGCAACUUAGACCACAAGGAACUGGCUGCAGGAAUGAUUGAUGAUGGGCUGAGGCUCAAAAAUUUUGCUGCCAUGUCUUCUGGAAUCUAUGGUCAAAUACAGAAUCCUUUCGCUAAGAAUCAGAGGUUGUUAUCUAGCGAUGAAGAGAGCGUGGACGAGUACACCCUUCUUAAAUCAUUAACAACAAAGGAGAAAAAAAAGCUUUUGCAUAAACUUGAAAAAUUAGACAAAAAGAAGAAGAAUAAGAAAUCCAAGAAGACAAGGAAGAAGAAAAAGUCUGAGACUUCAUCUAGCAGUGAUUCUUCUGAUUCUGAAUCUGAAAAAGAAAGAAAGAAAAGGAGGAAAAAAAAUGAGGUAAAGAAGAAAAAAAAGAGAAGCAGUUUGAGUAGUUCUGACUCGGAGUCUGAAGGUGAGGAGAAGAGGAAGAGGAAGAGGAGGAAGAGAGAUCCACCAGACGAGAAGCCUGACACACAAGCUCUCUUAAGAGAAAUAACGAAAGGCCUAAAAAUAGACUUUAUUGGGAGUGAUAAUCCUUUCGGUAAUACCAGUGAGGUUAAAGUUAAGCGAGAAAAACUUUCUGAUGAAGAAGGCGUGACAAUGCCCCACUAUGGAGCAGAGGGGCUUCACGAGAGAGAAAAGACCACCCGCAGGAAGAAGAGAGAGAGAGAACAGGAAAACCACAGUUGCCAGAGAGAGAACAGUUCAGAGAAUGCAAGAAUAAGGGAAAGAGCCUGGGACUUCUGGAGUAAAGAUAAUAACAAAGAUAGAGAUAGUAGUAGGAUGAGAGAAAAAAAUAAAUUUGAGUGGAAAGGAAGCUUAGAAAAGGAAAAUGACAGAAAUAGAAAUGAUUCAGAUAGAAAAGGCAGUAAAGCAAUCCAGAAAUGUAGAAGUAUAGAUGAAGAUCAUAAACAUGGAAGGAGGGAUAGAAACAAAGAUAAUGGAGUGAAGAGUAGAGAUAAAAACAGAAAUGAUGUAGGUAGUAGAGUUAAAAAUAAAGAACAAUAGGUAUUAGUAGGAAAACCAGGUUUUAUUAGGGCAAUAAAGAAAGAAAAAUUAAAACAUGCAUAAGUAAAAUAAGAAUUAGAGAUAAAGAUGGCAGGAAAUAAGCAUAGCAGGGAAAAACCUAAUAGGCAGAAGUAAGGAGAGAACAUGGAGAUGGAGAGGAGGAAGGGUGAAUAACAUAAAUAUUCUAGUACAGUAUAUGUAAUCUGUUUAUUUCUCAUAGUCCUGUCCUGUUACAACAUUUUCUUUUAGCUGGUUCUUUUUAUAUAUACAGUAUACUGUAUAUAUUUAUUAAUAUAUAUAUAUAUGUGAGUGAGUGUAUGUAUAUAAUGCCCUUAAAGGACUUUUCAUAUGUAUAUUAUAUUUUCUCCACUUGGCUAGGUGUGAUACUUAUUUCUUUUUUUCCCCAAUUGUUAGUUGCCUAACACUUAAUCUUUUAACUCUCCCAUACGUUCGUUCCUCUUUACUCGUCCAACACACACUCAAGUAUUUCUCUCAACCCACUUGAUUACUCCACAACUUGUGCCUUUGAUCUUGUAUGCCUACCCAUAUUUUCCACACACGGUUCUAAAAGAAAUAUGCAUAUAUAUAUAUAUAUAUAUAUAUAUAUAUAUAUAUAUAUAUAUAUAUAUAUAUAUAUAUAUAUAUAUAUAUAUAUAUAUAUAUAUAUAUGCAAUAAGACUGGAUUAUAAUAGACAAGCAAGCUAACUUUAGGGGUUGAUAACAUGUGCUGUGGGUAGUGUAGUAUUACAUUUUGAUCAAACAAAAUAUACAGUCCAGUAAUGGUGGUAAGACAAAAUACCCCAUGAGUGUCACUAGAUAUAGUGGAUAUCAAUUUAAUAUAGUACAGGUGAAAAUAGUGUUUCAAAUUCAUAAGUGAUGGAAAAUCAGAAUUUGGUCACUAAUGCUUUGUCAUUGAAUACUGUGCUCCAUGUUGAUCUUUUGAAUGAAUUUUGAGGCUGCAACAGAGCAGUUUUUCAUUGUUGUCAUGAAUUUUCUUUUUUAUUGUUCUCCUUUUGUACAUAUAUUCAUGCAUUCCCAUAAAUGGAAAGAUGAACAAUGAUCUGGUUACCAAACUACAGUAUACCUUUGAUGUGUGGGAAGAGGAUUUACAUGGACUGCUCUUCCAUGGUACUGUAUACAAUACAUAUCUGAACCAAGUAGAAGUGCUGUUUAUUUGAUGUGCAGGUUUUAUUAAUAAGGGACAAUCAGUAUUCAGUAAUUUCAUUAUACAGUAUUGUCAAAUGAUUGCUUGAAAUUCUGAAAUGGUUAAAUCUAUGUACAGUAUUGUAUUGUAGUCCAAUUUUUACAUUGUAGUAUUUUUUUUGUUAUAUACAGUGAAUACAAAUUAAUUAGGACCGAGCCUGUUGAAGACUGUGGUAGCUUGCAUUAUCUCACACACACUAGCUUUCAAGCUGCUUCAGUUAUUUUUGGGUCUCCCAAUUUUUGUAAUUGUUAAAAAUUUAAAGAUGUACUGUAUUUGUGUAUAUGUACUGUAUUUGUGUAUAUGUACUGUAUUUGUAGAAUCCCAUAGAAUAUGUAUGUUUUUAAUAUUGUAUACAUAAUUACAGUAAUAAUAUAUAUAAUAUAGCUUUCA